AUGUCGAGUGCUUAUAUUCCCUCGACCACGCUACUCAAGGCCUUCCGCCUGGCCUCACCGACGAGGUGUCGUGGCUGCGUCCGCAACCCGCGCCCUCUCCCUCAGCUCCGACGAUCCUACUUUUCCAUCCAUCACCCCGAUCCGCCCCCAUAUCCCGAGACACACGACCGAAUCCUAUCCGCCGCGAUUCGACGCGUCCCCGAACACGGCUUCUCGGAGGAGGCAUUGGUGCUGGGCGCAAAAGAUGCAGGAUACCUCGAUGUGACGGUGCAGUUGUUUCGCCGGGGCGUCUUCGACCUCAUCAAAUACCACCUGAUCAAUCAACGACUCGCAUUAAAAGACAAUGUACAAUUCCCGGAAGGUGCAACACUGGGGCUGGGUGCCAAAGUCAAGACAUUGGCCAUGGCGCGGCUGAGAGCCAAUGCAGAUGUUAUACACCAGUGGCAGGGGGCACUAGGAUAUAUGUCGCUGCUGGAGAACAUCCCGGCCUCAUUGGAAGAACUCAACGCCCUGUCUGACGAAAUCUGGUAUCUUGCUGGCGACACUGCGGUCGAUUUCUCCUGGUAUACCAAACGAGCCUCACUAGCGGCCGUCUAUGCCAGCACGGAAAUGUUCAUGACGACAGACACCUCGAAGAACUUUGUCGCUACAGAAGAAUUCCUCGAUCGCAGGCUGAAAGGUGCACAGGUUGUAGGAGGCACUGUUGGUGGAUUGACGCACUACUUGGGAUUCUGGGCCGGUAAUAGCGUUAACCUAGCCCGCUCGUGGGGAAUGAAGGUAUAA